AUGCUAUUUCUCGUACCCAGCCUGAACUCUCCCAUACCUGAUAAUAAAUGGUUGUUCAAUCGUGGUUAUAUUAAGAUGGUCCUCAUACCGAUAUUAUUCUCCAUUUUUACGGUCUCUCUAUGCAGGAGCAUACCGCGCUCAGGUCCUUUAUCUUCAGCCUAUACACAAGCUACCGACCUCAAGAUCCAUGACCCAACCGUCAUCAACGUCAAUGGCAUCUACUAUGCUUAUGGUGUAGGAGAGCACAUCGUUAUUCAUCAGGCAUCCAAUCUAGCUGGACCGUGGAGGCAGAUCGGAAGUGUCCUGGAUCAAGACAGCAUCAUCCCCAAAGGUGACCGCGCAAAGCCCUGGGCUCCUACGACUAUCGAAGUGAACGGGAUCUUUUAUUGCUAUUAUUCAGUCAGCAAUGCUGGGUGUCGCGACAGUGCUAUCGGUGUAGCCACAUCACAAACACCGGGUCCAGGAGGAUGGACAGACCACGGGGCUAUUAUUCAGUCGGGCACAGGACAGGGCUCGGAGGAAUAUCCAUUCAAUGAGGUAAAUGCCAUUGACCCUGCAGUUCUGGUCACCGAUGAUCAAGGACUUUUGAUCUUCGGUAGCUAUUGGUCUGGAAUAUGGCAGGUCCCAUUGAAUGAAGACCUCUGCUCGGUCGGCAACACAACUGGAUCCAAUGCGCAUCAUCUAGCAAAGCAUCCGCAGCCUGAGCAAGUAAAGUCACAGAACCAAAACACCAAUCCACUCUGUCGGGAUUCGUCCGGUCGCCGCCCGGUUGAGGGUGCUUAUAUCUCUUACCAUGCACCGUACUACUAUCUCUGGCUGAGCUGGGGCCAGUGCUGCGAUUAUGAUCCCAACAACCUUCCACCAUCAGGUGAAGAAUAUAGUAUCCGCGUCGGACGCUCCGAGAGCCCUCACGGUCCGUUUGUAGACAAACAAGGAAAAGAGCUUGCUGAGGGCGGAGGAGAACUCAUCUAUGGCUCUAACAACGACGUCUACGCGCCGGGAGGGCAGGGUGUUUUAACUGGGGAGACUGGAGAUAUUCUUUAUUAUCAUUACUUAAACACAACUAUCAGCUAUGAUUUCUGGGAAGCCCGACUGGGAUAUAGUUAUCUGGGAUAUAUCGAUGGCUGGCCCAUCAUACAAGACGCCCCCUAA